UUGCAAUCAUGAAUAAUGAUAAACAACCUCAGAAACAACUAUGUGAAGGGCCAUUGCUUAUUGUUUUCUACUGGCCUUUGGCAAGAAACUGAUGGUCAGCUUUCAGUACACUGGGCCUCACAGUGUUAUUGUAAUUACACUAUAUUCGUAGGAGUAAUGCUUGGGCUUGUUUCUGUAAUACAAAUUUAUCGGUUAUCUAUGUAUUUAUAUAAAAACACAGAUAGCAGCUUUCUUUCAGCAUUUAUAGAUGUAUUUACGGGAAUACUUUUGUGUACAUCUACAAUAAUCGCUGCUCUGAUGAUUACACUUGGCUUCAAGGCAUGGUGUCAGACUAUGACUGAAAGAUUUCCUUCGUGCGAUCUUGCUGCAGGACAGGACAUAGACCUCGCCGACAAAAUAAACACAACCAAUUUUUACAUGCAGCUAGGAACUGCACAGUUCGGCAUAUGGGGCUCUUUCACCACUUGGGUAGGUCUGUCUGUGUGCGCUCUGCUGAAACUGUGCAGGUAUCACCAACUGGAAAACAUCAGGGUGUCCAUGUACAGAGAACGGCAGCGGCUUUUGAAUGAAAACGCAGAUUCACCGGGAAGUAGUCUGGGAAGAGAUUCGAAUACCAGUCAGGUGACUGCUACAGUUGAGUGAUUUGUCCGUAGUGUACUGAGGUAUCCCUAUUUAGUUAUAUGCGCCAUUAUUCAUAUCUCUCUAUUGCUGCAUCAAGUUAUUUUUCAGUAUAGAAGUGUUAAUUGAUGUUAUUAUUGUGAUUUAUUUAACAGAAAUAUACUUUAUCCCAUCGUAGA